UCGAUUUUAUUAGGCACACGUCUCAUAUUAUUUACAGACAAGUCGCUGAUCCCGAGCAACGGUAUACACCUCCAACUCUAGAGUGUAUUUACCAAAAGCGUAUUCAUAUUAGAUUUCCGAGCACCCAAUGCCAGCGUAUCGGCUCUGUCACCGAUACAUUCGGAUACUUUAUACGAGUUGCUAGUAGUACGCUCGCCGCGACACGCGCCCGGAAGACUGUCAAAUAAAUACGAGCUGAAAUAUAUCUGCUGUCGCGUGCUGUGAUCCUGGUAUAUACGUGUUGUAGCAAGGAUGAAUUUUUGUUUGGUUUUUGUGCUGUUUGGUUAUUUUUUCGCUUGGAGCGCGGGCAUGUUGUAUCGGCGGGAUUCGGAUAAUGUACUCAAGCCCGAUCUAUUACCAAUAUCAUCGACAGUGAUGCCGCUGCCAUAUUACUCUAUAUAUGGAUACGAAAAGAAAAUACUUCGAGAAAAAUAUAAGAAACGACCACUGGGGAAAAUAUCGCUAGUCACGAAAGAGCCUAAAUAAAAAAAAAAAAUAUAGAUUUAUUAUAUAUCAUGACUGUACCUAAAUAAGUUAUCAGCAUUAAAAUAUUUUGAAUAAAGUUUUAUAUGUUGUAAAAUGA